ACGAUAUCCAGGAUCAUCGAUCGCGUAUAUAAGGCGGCGUGUCAAGAGGGUUGAGCAUCAGUCACCAGUCAGCUGAAGACAGAUACAGCAAUCAACAUGAAAUACUUGGUCGUCCUUGUCGCUGCCCUGGCCGUCGCCUCAGCCAGCCCUGAGCGUGAACGUCGUUCCCUAGGUUGGGGACACAAUGGAGCAGUGGUGUUGGGUGGUGUGUUACCUGGAGUGGCAGUAGCUGGACCAGUGGCUCCUUCGGCUGCGGUUAUCGGACCCGUCGCUGCACCAGCAGCCGUGGUUGGGCCUGCUGCAGGUGCUGCCGCAGUAGUUGGGCCUGCUGCUGGCUCUGCCGCCGUCGUGGGACCGGCUGCCGGUUCGGCGGUGGUCGCUGGUCCCGCAGGAACAGUGGUGGCGCCAGGAGCCGGUCUACUGUGGUAGAACGUCAACCGUAACCCUGGAUUCUCCAAGACAACUCGAACGAUCUCUCUCGUGAACCUGAAAGCGGCUACUCAUCGAUCUCCAUCCGCGGGACUUCGAUCCAAGCUCAGCGUUGUUCGAUAACAGAACACAUCUCCUAAUAUCGAGAACGAUGAAACAACGACAACUCUUUUUUAUUCAUAAAUUAAAUCUGUUCGAUAAGAGUUACACGAACAACGCGUUCGAGUUUCUACGAGGUUCUUUCGCGAAUUUUUCUCCUUGUAACUAGCCAUAUUCUUAUUACGCUUUUGUACAUUAAUAAAUGAAGCUCCACUGUACAGUCA